AAGACAAGACAGAAGUGAGUAGAUUCGAACAAGAAACUUAAGGCUGACAUUAAACCUUACAUAAUAAGACUUGGAUCCCCAAAAGUCCCAAAAUGGAGAAGAAGAAGAAGAGAGAUGAGGAAGAAACGAGAGGCUAAAGAUGAAAAUGAAGAAGAAGAAGAGGAGAAGAAGAAGAGACUAGAGUUGAUGAAGGCAGCUGCGCAGGCUUGGCUCAGCCACUCCCAAACCUCAAAACAUACUGUUUUAGAGUUCGAUGCGCAGAGAAAGCAUGCUUUUGUCAAAGGGAAGGCAUCACGUUUCAAAACGGAAGCCUUGUCCGCAAAGCAUCAUCCGUCGUUUUUGGAUUGGGAAUUCGGACAGUCGCUGUGGGAUCCCUACGAGAUUCUUUCGGUCUCUAAGAAACUGGAACGCGAACUCACUUUAGAAGAACAAACCUUCUCUUCUUCAGAUAAUGAUGGCCUCAAGAAGAUGAAGAAGAAGAAAACUAGAGACAGCAGAAACAGCCUUAGGAGUUUGUUCACUCGUUCGUCUUCAAAGAGAUUCUAACAAACUCAUCAUGUUACUACUUCAAACUUGUAAAUUUUUCUCAAAAAGUGAAAUCAAUUAUGAAUGUCUUUUAUUGGUCUAUUCAAAAACUUUUAUUGGUUUUUGAAUGGUUUCUAUGGAUAGAAUAACAAAGUUUUGUCAGUUGUAAACAGUUUAAUGAAGCCGACCACCAUGACUAAUUGCAACUGCCAUGCCGAUGAUUCGACCACGUGAAAAUGUCACCUGAUUGAGAGAGAU